ACUAAAAGUCGCCUAUUUGUAUUGAGGCUGUUGCUCGCAUUGCAUCAGGUUAAAGUGGAACGACUAGGUUACUCGUCGUCAUCUCUUGUUAAGCAUGCACACGGACGCAUAAACGUCAAGACGCUGUGGAGUUUGUAUGAAAGCUGUCCUAAUGUUUCAGAUCGCCCCAGCAUCGCUCUCUAACACCCAGCAGGCGGAGAUCGAUGCUCGCGACGUGGCCUCUAAUAAGCUGCGCUAUUUUCCUCGUUAAUGUCAUGUUUAAAACACCCUCCGGCUUUUAGUUUGUAUCCUCACUACGCAAAUGAUCAGAAAAGCUCCUCUGCAGAUGCGCUGUAAGGACUGCGGAUCUUCCCUGAGCGUUUGAUUUAAGAAGAAAAAAAAUCAUAUUGUGCGAUAUUCCAGGCGCUGGGUGAGACACUGCUACAAGGUGAUUUUGGGAAAGAUUCGAGCCAUCGGGAUUUUUCGUGUGGAUUCAUCCUUUGGAGAAUGAUGUGGGGUGGAAGAGGAGCAGCUUGGCUUUGGAUUUGGGCCUGUUUACUGGUGUCCAGCGUUCUGGCUGGGAAAAGUUCCAGUCAAAGCGCAGAUGAGCAGAAAGACAACACCACAGUUUUCACCAGGAUCCUGGACAGCCUCCUCGAUGGCUACGACAACCGCCUCAGGCCUGGGCUCGGAGAGCGUGUAACCGAAGUCAAGACUGACAUCUUCGUGACGAGUAUUGGGCCGGUCUCAGACCAUGACAUGGAGUACACCAUCGAUGUGUUCUUCAGGCAGAGCUGGAAGGACGAGAGGCUGAAGUUCAAAGGUCCCAUGGCAGUGCUCCGUCUCAACAAUCUCAUGGCCAGCAAAAUCUGGACGCCCGACACGUUUUUCCACAACGGAAAGAAGUCAGUCGCCCAUAACAUGACCAUGCCUAACAAACUUCUGCGGAUCAAAGAGGAAGGAACGCUGCUGUACACCAUGAGGCUUACAGUCAGAGCUGAAUGUCCAAUGCAUUUGGAGGACUUCCCAAUGGAUGCCCAUGCUUGCCCUCUCAAAUUCGGCAGCUAUGCCUACACGAGGGCUGAGGUGGUGUACGUUUGGACACGAGGGGCGGCUCAGUCUGUGGUCGUGGCUGACGAUGGCUCUAGGCUCAACCAGUAUGACUUGAUGGGACAGACGGUGGACUCAGGUGUGGUGCAGUCCAGCACAGGAGAGUAUGUUGUCAUGAAAACACAUUUCCACCUCAAGAGGAAGAUCGGUUACUUUGUCAUCCAGACAUAUUUGCCGUGCAUCAUGACCGUGAUCCUGUCCCAGGUGUCCUUCUGGCUCAACCGGGAAUCUGUCCCCGCCAGAACUGUGUUUGGAGUGACCACUGUCCUUACCAUGACCACCCUGAGUAUCAGCGCCAGAAACUCUCUGCCCAAGGUGGCCUACGCCACAGCCAUGGACUGGUUCAUCGCCGUCUGCUACGCCUUUGUCUUCUCGGCUCUCAUUGAGUUUGCCACUGUAAACUACUUCACCAAGAGGGGGUACGCCUGGGACGGGAAAAGUGUGGUGCCGGAAAAGCAAAAGAAGAAGAAGGAGUCAUUGCUGAAAAAGAACAACACCUACACCGCUGCGACGGCGACGACGUUUGCUCCGAACAUUGCCAGAGACCCUGGUUUGGCAACUAUUGCUAAAAGUGCCCCCCCUCCACCAACCGAGCCCAAGGAAGAGCCGAAACCCAAAGCCCCCGAGGCCAAGAAGACCUUCAACAGCGUGAGCAAGAUCGACAGGAUCGCCAGAAUAGCUUUCCCGCUGCUCUUCGGAACCUUUAACUUGGUGUAUUGGGCAACUUACUUAAAUAAAAAACCCAAAUUACAGGGCGCCGUGCAGCCACACUAAUUCUAUCGCCCCGGUUUUUCUCUCUUUUCUUUCUUAUGUUUCUAAACAAUGACAAAAAAUGUGAAGCGAAGCGAUUUGUUUCAAUGAUAGUCAAGCUCCCACUUUGUGUCGACAUAUUUAACAUUACUGUAUCUUCCUAUAUUAUAACGAGAGGGACUGUAUUAUGUACAAACCACUGCACUGGAAGAAAACUCAUACUAUAUAUACAAACAGACACAGUAUAUCAGACCUGAGAGAAUGCUAUUCUGCAAAUGCACAUAGAUUUAUAGUUUAAAACUCUUUCCUUAGAGAAUAGUUAACCCAAAAAAAAUGUCAUUAAAUACGCUCCCUUGUGUUGUUCCAAUCCUGUAUGCUCUUGCUGAACACAAAAGGUGACACUUUUUGCUCUUUCUGUUAUAAUGGCAGUUUUAGUGAAAAACAACAACACGCAGCGUAAAAUUAAACGUAGUCUUUGCAAAUCGCGCACUUUAUUCCAAGUCUUCUGAUGUGCUCCUCACCCCUUAGAAAUAUAUAUAUGUGUUGUAUGCAGUUUUUUUUUUAAUGUCGCUCUCAUUGUCUUUUUCUUUGUUUGUUUGUUUUUGGACAUAUGUGCUGAUGGUAUUAUUGUACGUGUAAACAUUCGAAAGAAUCUUCUACUUUUGUGUUUCAGAAGAAAAAACAGACAAAACAGGUUUUAAACAACAUGAGGGAGAAAAAUAAUAAUAAUAAAAAAACGGGGUGAACUGUUCUUUUAAGAUUCUUUUAACAUAAAAUAUGUUUUUGCAUUACAUUAGCAAUGUCCAUGGAAUACGUUUGCAUGGGUGAUGCAGAAAACCCAGUUUGAACCAGUCCUGUGUUCCUCUGUUUCUUCUCUUUAGCCUGUGUUCUGUUGUUUGACCUUAUAUUCGACUAGGAUUCCAUUAACAGCAAUAAAACAUGUCUCAGUGGGGAAAAAAACAAUCAUUAACUCAAGUGUAGAGAAAAGGUUCAUGUGUAUAUCAUAAAGCAUACUAUUUAUUUUGUUUUCAUGUAAAUAUUAUAAAAUCUUAGAGAUGUCAAUAUUAAUUUUGAGCUUUGCUAAAUGUAACUACAAGGUACAAACUCAGUGCUUGACAGAGAGAGAGAGAGAGUGCAUUGUGUUUUGGAUAUUCGGGUAUAUGAAUAUUGAUUUUAUUUUUAUUUAUGUUUUUUGUUUUCUAGAUCCUGGUUUUGAUUUACCUUUUAAUGAUUAUGCGUGUGCCGAUAUAAGUAAAAUCUAGUAUUUUAAGGAGGGACUAAAGUAGAUGCUUAGAAAGAAUGUAAACGUCUGUCUUGGUGUCGGAAUGCAAUUUUAUAUUUAGCAUUUAAAUACUCUUUAUUGAUUUUAGUAGUUGCUUUUUUAAAAGAGAAAUUGUGGCGGGUGCUUAUGUGAUAUAUAAAUGAUGGCACUAGGGUUACUCGCUAGCAUCACUUAAAGUGAACGAGUCCGAGCGGAUCAAGAGUAGUGCCUUGUAUAUAUUUGCAAGUUAAGAGCGUACUUUCUUAGAAGGUGCUCUCCUUGUUUCUUUGAAUUAGAUAUAGUCAACCUUUCUAAAACAUCAGUGAAGAACGUAUCAGCCACACUGCCUUCGUCUCACAGCCCAUAGUGAACAUAUAUUCCAUUCCAGACAUGUUUGUCUCUGCUCGUUAAUGAAAACUAAAAGAAGACAUGUCUAGCGAUUAGCCAUGUAUGUGAAUACACUGUUCUACAUAUAAAUAUGUCUUGUAGUGCUAUAACAAUGCCAGUUUUAUUUCUUUCUUUAUGUUUGUGGCAUGUCAGUCGCUCUUCUUGAAAAGAAACCAAACUUAUAAAGAGCACGCUCUCUACUUUUGGACUGAGAGUAAAAAAAAAAGAAAAGAAGUUCUCUUUAAUGAGGAACUUUGACAUUAUCAUACUUUACUUUGAUGUAGCAAUAUAGGUUAGUAAGGGCUUUUCUGUGACGGAAAGUGAUAAAAGGCACAACAUUCGGAUCAAAUUCAGUUGCUCUUCUUUGGUAUGUUUAUGAAUGCCUGAAAAAAGAAGCUCUUAUAAGUUGGCAUUACUCCUCUUCUUCUUGUUUUUUUUUUUUUUUUUUUGUCGAUUUGUUAUUUUUAUUUUAUUUAAUUUUUUUAAAUAAUGUGCACACACAAAAUUUGUAACUGAUGUUUUUUGGGGUACAGCACUCUCACAUUUUCUGUGAUGCAGAUAAAUGUUGUGUUAUCCCUCUUUAUUUUAUUCUCUGAUCUUCACAAAGAGCUUUUUGACAGAAUCUAGAGUUUGCUGAGUUUGUGCCAGAUUGAGCAAAGAUGGAAAGUUUAUUCUGGGAUAUGUGUGAAACAGUAUGGAAAUGCACAGUCGUUGGAGCCAGACGUUUGUGAAUGCGGUAAAAUUAUGAGUUCACUGAUGCUACACACACACACACACAUUCCAUGAUGAUACUUGUUCUAAAGAUGCAACAUUUUAUUUGUACCAACCUCUUGCAUUUUGCACAUUAUAGGCAUAUUUAAUAUUUAUGUAGUCAGCUUUGUGCUAUGCAAGGGUAGCUUUAAACCGUAUUAAUUAGCUUCACACCCUCCCCACUGUUGUUUCCAGUAUAUAUUGUAAAAAGUCAUUUACGAACUGUUCACCCUAUUUAGCUGUUUAUGACUCUUUGUCAUUCUGGAAGCAUGUAAAGACGGGUGUUUCAGAUCUAGUAUAAUCCAUUUUAAUGACAGGGUAAUGUGGCAAUAAAAAAAUAAAUAAAAAAAGAUAGUUUGAAAAGAACAUUUCAGUUAUAUGUAUUAUAUUAUUUACACAACGGAUAAUAGAUAUAUUUAGAUUGUUUUGUUGCAUCUAAUAAUAUAUAUUUUUGAUGACCUGUGCUAUGGAUUAAGAACUUGUAAUUUUACUUUAUUUGUCUUAUGGGAGAUUAUAGCAUUUCAUAUGCACACCAGAUUGUAAAAGUGGUAACAUUUUUGAUUUUGCUCUGUACUGAAGAAAUCCAACACUGCAUUUGUGCUUGGCAAAAGUUGAACAUGUGCAUAAACGGUCAGCAAUGUGCACACGUCCAGAGGCGAAGUAUGAUGUAUUCUGUACUGUACACUGGGAAAUCGUCUUUGUAAAAGUUUGCUUUCUUAAAUGUUAUGGCCCUGUAGAAUUUGAUUAUCUUCAUUAGUCAUUCAAUAAAAUAAAAAAGAAAUCGA